UGUUGUCAGAGAUAUUACCAGAAGCGAGACUGCCGAUUACAGAAACGAGCCCACCGUUUUAUGACAGAACAGGGUUGCCCAGGUUUACUUUGUCCGCCCCAAAUCUGUUGUUUUUCUGGGUGGUGCAGGGCGGGUGGUGCGAGCGGAAUAGGAGGUGACUUUCCAACCAGUUAGUUGUCUCGUUCUAGCGCGGGGGAAAUAAGCAGCCAAUCACUUCGAAUGGGAUGUCUCCUUCAUGUAAAAUCUCUGAUGUUAUGUGAGGAAAUCACCGCGGGGAACAUGGACGGCACUUUCUCCUGUAUCGACUUACAUUCUCCCGUUUGGUUGAAGAUUUGUGGAUUGAAGCUCGCAUUAUGGUUUAAUUUCACUUGAACUUUACAGAAUAUAUACGCGUACUUAGACCGGCCCUAGCAAAACACAACUGGUAAAGAAUUAGGAAGUGUUGCACUAUAUUCGACACGUUUUUGUACUAUUUUGUAGUUUUUGUAGUUUCUUGAAAAGAUGCUUCCAGCCCCUGCAGUCUUUCAUUUUCCUUGGGAAAUCCAAUCAGGUGUAGCCAAAGAGGGAGACUCGGUGAGAACAUUUGGAAGAUUGGUAGCCUACCAACCGGAAGAAUCAAAGGCAACCCUAUCUGCCCAGCAUGCAGCAACACAGCACCAAGUGGUUGUUCAGACAACAUUUGUUGAGCCCUUUGAUCCCAUCAUCGGAGCCCAGUACAUAGUUCUGGGAGAGAUUGAGAAUGUUGAAGGAGCCGGUGUUGUGGCGGUCCGUGCCCGUGUGCUGAACUGUGUGGAUGGAGUGAACCUAGCCCUACUUCAGAGAGCCAUCAAUGAACAGAGGACCUACUUCAGAGAGAGAUCAGUUAGCGAGGAUGACGUUGAUGCUCACCCGCUUGCUCCUCCCUGACCGGAACCCCAAUAAAAAAAAUAAACUGCUACAGUGCAACUGUAAAUUGUUCUGGAUUGGAUGGCAUAUAAAGGACCGUAAAAUGUUA